UUGGGUUGAUCCUCCCCCGUCCCCACCCCUACUUUUGGCUCGUGGAAUGCCCGCCCCUGCGGAUGAGACGUAAUAUUACGCACUGGAAUUAACUUGCCAAAAUCCAGAUUGCCAAUUCACCCGUUGCGCUCUUCAUCCUGCAUCCCCUCCCCUACCCCGCCGGGCAGCUCGAGUGGAGUGAUCAGAUAUGAGCGGACACGAUUCCAAGUACUUCUCUACCACGAAGAAAGGCGAAAUCCCUGAGCUCAAAGAAGAACUCAACUCCCAGUACAAGGACAAGAGAAAAGAUGCUGUAAAAAAGGUGAUUGCGGCUAUGACUGUUGGCAAGGAUGUGUCUUCGCUCUUCACUGAUGUUGUGAAUUGUAUGCAAACUGAAAAUUUGGAGCUUAAGAAGCUAGUAUACUUGUACCUAAUCAAUUAUGCUAAAAGCCAGCCUGAUCUUGCAAUUCUGGCUGUAAAUACAUUUGUGAAGGACUCACAGGACCCAAAUCCCCUUAUUCGUGCAUUAGCUGUAAGGACAAUGGGAUGCAUUCGCGUUGACAAAAUCACUGAAUAUUUAUGUGAUCCACUUCAGAGGUGUCUCAAGGAUGAUGAUCCAUAUGUUCGGAAGACGGCAGCUAUAUGUGUUGCUAAACUUUAUGACAUAAAUGCUGAGCUUGUUGAGGAUAGAGGUUUCCUAGAAGCUCUCAUGGAUCUCAUAUCUGAUAAUAAUCCUAUGGUUGUUGCAAAUGCUGUUGCAGCACUUGCAGAAAUUCAAGAGAGCAGUGGCAGACCCAUAUUUGAGAUCACCACCCACACACUAUCAAAGCUUCUUACCGCUCUAAAUGAAUGCACAGAGUGGGGUCAAGUCUUUAUAUUGGAUGCCCUUACUAAGUACAAAGCAAGCGAUGCUCGUGAAGCCGAAAACAUAGUUGAGAGAGUUACUCCACGAUUGCAGCAUGCAAAUUGUGCAGUUGUGCUUUCAGCUGUUAAGUUGAUUCUUCAACAGAUGGAACUCAUUAUCAGCACCGAUGUAGUUCGGAAUCUCUGUAAAAAAAUGGCUCCUCCUCUUGUGACAUUGCUCUCUGCAGAACCUGAGAUUCAAUAUGUGGCAUUGAGGAAUAUAAACCUCAUUGUACAAAAACGGCCUACAAUUCUUGCCCAUGAAAUUAAGGUGUUCUUUUGCAAGUACAAUGAUCCAAUUUAUGUGAAGAUGGAGAAGUUAGAAAUCAUGAUAAAGCUUGCAUCAGACCGAAAUAUAGACCAGGUUCUCUUGGAGUUCAAGGAAUAUGCUACUGAAGUAGAUGUUGAUUUUGUUAGGAAAGCCGUACGUGCCAUUGGACGUUGUGCAAUUAAAUUGGAGAGAGCAGCUGAGCGUUGCAUCAGUGUGUUGCUUGAGUUGAUCAAAAUAAAAGUUAACUAUGUUGUUCAAGAAGCCAUUAUAGUAAUCAAAGACAUCUUCAGAAGAUAUCCUAACACAUAUGAGUCCAUCAUAGCUACACUUUGUGAGAGUUUGGACAGUUUGGAUGAGCCUGAAGCAAAGGCAUCAAUGAUCUGGAUUAUUGGCGAAUAUGCGGAGAGGAUUGACAAUGCAGAUGAACUCCUGGAGAGCUUUUUAGAGAGUUUUCCUGAGGAACCUCCACAAGUCCAGCUGCAGUUACUGACAUCAGCAGUUAAACUCUUCCUCAAGAAGCCAACUGAAGGCCCACAACAGAUGAUUCAGGUUGUCCUCAAUAAUGCAACUGUGGAGACGGACAAUCCAGAUUUGAGAGAUCGGGCAUACAUAUAUUGGCGCCUUCUUUCUACCGAUCCUGAGGCUGCAAAGGAUGUUGUGUUAGGCGAAAAACCAGUUAUCACUGAUGACUCAAACCAACUUGACCCUUCUCUUCUUGAUGAGCUCCUUUUGAAUAUUGCAACUUUAUCCUCUGUCUUUCAUAAGCCUCCAGAUGCUUUUGUUACUCAAGUGAAGACCGUUCAGAGAACGGAUGAUGAUGAAUAUCCUGAGGGGAGUGAAUCCAGGCCUUCUGAUUCACCUGGCUAUUCAGUUGACAGUAGUGCUCAUCCUGCUUCAAAGCAAUCGGGUCCCACUUCUGCAGCUCCCUCAGCCUUGCCUGACUUGCUUGACCUGGGAAUUGAAAGUAACGACAAUGCUAUUGUGUCGGUUGAUCAGCCUGCAACUCCCACUAGACCCUCUUUACCUGUUUUAUUACCAGCAUCCACUGGUCAAGGUUUACAAAUCAGUGCUCAGAUGAUCCGUAGAGACGGCCAGAUCUUUUACAGCAUGUUGUUUGAGAACAACUCCCAGAUGCCACUUGAUGGGUUCAUGAUUCAGUUCAAUAAGAAUACAUUUGGCCUUGCAGCUGCUGGUCCACUCCAGGUAUCUCAAUUGCCACCAGGGACAUCUGCAAGUACUAUGCUGCCCAUGGUUGCAUUCCAAAACUUAUCUCCAGGCCCUCCAAGCACACUUUUGCAGGUUGCCGUGAAAAACAAUCAACAGCCAGUGUGGUACUUCAAAGAUAAGAUCUUGUUGCACUUGUUGUGUUCUGAGGAUGGCAAAAUGGAGCGUUCCACUUUUCUUGAGAAGUGGAAAUCAUUGCCUGAUUCAAAUGAGAGAUCAGUUGACUUCCCAGAACUGGUUGUAAAGAGCGUGGAAGCUACCCUAGACGGAUUAGCGGCAUCCAAUGUGUUUUUCAUUGCAAGGCGGAAGAAUAGAAACCAAGACGUGUUGUAUCUUUCAGCAAAGAUCCCCCGAGAAAUCCCGUUCUUGAUUGAACUCACAACAACUGUUGGGAAUCCCGGUGUUAAGUGUGCAACCAAGACUCCUAACCCUGAAAUGUCUCCGCUUUUCUUUGAAUCCAUCCAGACUCUACUCAACAGCUCAUAAUGUGUUUGUCUGUCUUCUUCACUUCAUGUCAUUUGUUACUAUGUUCUAUUUGGCUCUCUUUUUUCUUUUGUACAACUCUUAUAGCUUAGUGAGCUCCCAACUCACACUUGCGGUCCUUUAUACGGAACAUUUUUGCGAGUUAAAAUUUUGUACCUCGCGCAAUACUUACAACUAUUUAUGAAGUCCCAAAAUUAUUAAUUUAAUGACAACAUUGUGUUAACGGUGCCA